AUGUCCACCAACACAACCGACAUCUUCACCAUCCGCGCCGCCCCCGGCACCGACAUUUGGCGUAAACCACCCACGACUAACAUCUGCAAUGCCCCAACCGCCAUCCCCCCCUCCACCCGCUCCACCGGCCCUCUAACCUCCUUCCUCUCCGCCUGCGCCUCCUUCUCCUUUCCCUGGCGCGAGCGCUACGACCAAGCGGGCAUUCUUCUUGCCUUUCGCCGGCGCUCCGAGUCUUCAGACUCAGGAAUCCCACCAAAAUGGAUCAAAACCGGCAUAGAGUUCUACCAAUCUCAGCCUCAACUGAGCACCGUCGCCACGGAUACUUGGUCUGAUUGGAGCGUUACUCCCCUUCUUUCUUCUCUCCCAGGAGCGGAGACAGAGCAGUGGACGACUAUCUUGGUGGAAAAAUCGGAGGAUGAGCAUGGAAAGAGCAUUUGGGUUUAUCGUGUGGUGGUGGAUGAGCAGACGGGAGAGGAAAAGAGCAGGACGGCGUUGAGGGAGAUUUGUUGGGUUUAUGGGCUAGACGGGGAGUGGGAUCUGGAGGUGGUGGCUAUGGCGGCGAGGCCGGAGAAGGAGGUUAAGGAUGGGGAGGAGAAGGAGUUGGUGGUGAAGGUUAGGGGGUGGGAGGUUAAGUGGGAGGAGUAA